AUGGCCGGUCUCCAACACCCAUUCCAGUGUCUGCGAUAUGUCAACAGGCAGUCAGCAGGCCAAUCGGAUAUUCUUAUUGCCACCGCUGGACGCAAUCUCUACUCUUACGAUGCAACUAGUGGUCAGCGCCUGGAUGUGUGGCCUCAAUCCGUAGAUGCGAAUGCGGAUGAUAAAAGCUCUGACGCGGCUCCCGCAUCUGAAAGCCAAGGUCCCCGAGAAAAGCGAAGGAAGCUGUCUUCACCCUCCGAGGAACAGAAGGAUGCCAAAUUGGAGUCAAAUCCUAAGAAUUCGGACAAGGACGCUUCCAACUCCUGGACCAAUAUUCCUCUCUUGACUGUUGCCCACGGCAAAUAUGUAGUGAUCAUGACCUCUGAGGACAAAUGUGUCCGAGUCCUGAGUUUGGAUAACGAAGGCAAACUCCAACAAUUGAGUGCUCGUACAAUGCCCAAGAAGCUUUCUGCACUUACCCUGACUCCCGAUGAGAACAACAUCUUGACGGGUGACAAAUUCGGAGAUGUGUACACUUUCCCACUCAUUCCGAGCGGAGAGUACGUGAAGGUCCAGGCUCCAGCGAAGCCGUAUGAGCCAGCUGCCACAAACCUCACGGUGCACACAAAACGCAACCUUGAAUCAUUGGAGCAACAAAUGCGACAGGCUGCUCUGUCGAAGACCAACCAAGCAGAACGGGCUGUGCUGAACUUCGAGCAUCAAGUCAUCAUUGGUCACGUUUCGUUGUUGACGGAAUUAAUCUCUGUGACCCGGCCUGCAGACUCGGCCGUUGGCAAGCGGAGUUACAUCCUGACUGGAGAUCGCGAUGAGCACAUCCGUGUCUCUCGUGGUGUUCCCCAAGCGCAUGUAAUUGAGCAAUUCUGCUUUGGCCACACUUCAUUUGUCAGCAGUCUUUGCGUCCCUUCCUUCGAACUUAAAGUUCUCAUCUCGGGUGGUGGCGACAACUAUCUGCUUGUGUGGGACUGGCUCGAAAACCAGAUUUUACAAAAAAUUCAGCUUCCCGGGUCGGAGGGAGAGACUACGGUGCGCGGCAUUUGGGAUGUUUCCCUUGCGCCUACGGCAGGCAAUUCCGAUUCUGUGAAGGCUAUCUUUGUUGCACUUGAUGGGUCUUCAAAACUUCUUUGCUACACUCUCGAAAGUGACAACACGAUAACUCACCAAGAUACACUUCAGCUGUCAGGAAACGUUCUUGAACUGGUCGGUAUUGAUUCAAGAGGCUCUAUUAUUGUUGCCGUGGAUACUUUGCGCCAAUCCGAUUCGACAUGUGCUUGGAAGUCGUCUUCCCAGCCUCUUCUCGAAACAUUCCGGCUUGAUUCUGGAAAGUGGAUUCCUGUAGAGGACUCGAUGGUUAUCAAAAUCAACUCCGAAGGCACCUCAAGUCUGCCUACGAUAAUAGAGCAGAAAGAGCAGAAAGAGCUCAAUGAUUCAAUGUACAACUUGGGCAACCUGCGGAAGAGAGGUGAUUACGACGAAUGA